AUGACUUUCAGCCAUAUGUUGGCUGUGGCGACGGUGGACGAGAAAGACGCAGUGGAUGGGCCAGCCGUCGGUGGCGGCGCGAGGCCGGUGGUCAGCAUUUACGAUCUGCGCACGUUGGACUUGAAGCAUGUGUUCCAGGAACCGGACUACAGCGACGGCGACGAAGACGGCGAAAACGGCGAAAACGAAGACGACGAAUCGCAAAAGACCCACCGGCGUCGGUUCUCUAAAAUUCAGUUCUUGUGGGACAACAUCUUCGUGGCGGCACUCGUCGUCGGCGGCCACGACGGGUCGGACUGCACGCUGUACUAUUAUAGCUGGAGAAACUCGACGGUCGAAACGUACGUGCGGAUCGAUGGCCCCGUGUCCGACAUGGCGUUGAACCCGAUUGACACUGCCAUAUGCUGUUUCGUAGGCAAAGAGUUGUUUCGGUUGAUGACCAAAGCCGAGACGGACUGGCAGCAAUAUGGUUUCCGCGAAGCUGACGGUAUACACUUUACAUGCGUAUGUUGGUUGUGCGGAGACAGAUGUUUGGCGGGCACCGCUGACGGCAACAUCAUUCUGUUCAAGAACGGUGAGCUGCAAGCUUUGUACCGUGUUGACGUGAUCAGUGAAAUAGACGUGACAACGAUAAUGACAGAGGUCUAUUUGUCUUUGACUACGAAGCCCGCUACUUUAUCGCGAAACGACAUCAUCCGGAGCUGUUUUACAUUUGAAUCUGGUCUGGUGCUACUGGUUGGUGACUCUACCAUCUAUCAUUUCGGGAAAACGGAUGAAGGACGGAGAUACGAGAAAAUCGACGUGUUUAUUAAGGAAGAGUAUAGGUACUUGCAGCAGGAAGAUUUAAAGGGCGGGUUACCGAUGCAUUACAUAGAGAGCGCGUGUGUUAGCCCCAACGGCAAGAUAUUGACGUUCAUCACGAAACGGCCUCAACUGUACCAGGCACUUUUGUCUCAGCUAGAUGAAAACGAUGACGUAUUGGCAAUGCCUAAUUUGCCCACCAUACCCGGACCACUCGGCGUGGAUAUGCAUCAUGGCAUCGUGGAGAGCUUAUCGACAAGCUUGUGGAAACCGUUACUGAUGACAUGCGGCAAAUUGGAUUUCACCAUCAAGGUGUGGGACUAUGUGCAGUGCACGUUGCUGCUGUCUAAACACUACCCAAAACAGGUGUGCGUCGUUUCGAUGCACCCCACCGGACUGUAUUCCGUAACAGCGUUUUCGGACCACUUGGAAUUCCAAAUGGUUCAGAUGGACGAUCUUGUACCGUUAAAAAAUUUCCCAAUCAGGAACUGCACAGCGGUCACGUUCAGCGAAUCCGGUCACAAGUUUGCCGUGGCUAAACCAGGCGCCAUAGAUGUCUACUGCUCGCUAUUGUUCGUAAAAUGUUUUUCAUGCCACGGACACUUGGGACCUAUUGAGAAGUUAGUCUGGUGCAAGCACGACAUGAACAUAGUUGCUUACGACAUUGUUGGUGCUAUAUGCACAUUUGACACAAAAACCGGAAAUGUACUCACGCACAUUGCGCCCUACUCAGGAGCGGCUUAUACGGAUUUGGCAGUUGCGCAAGACGUUAAUCAAUUAUUCGUCAUUGCCAAGGAUGGUAGUUUAAAAGAAGUCUACGACCGAAAGGUUAAACGUGAAGUGAACUUUUAUGGAACACCAUUGAAUGCAGUAUCCAUUUCUAAGUCAAAUUUGAUUUUAUUCAUAGCAGCCGAAAAUGGCGUUAUAUUGACCGUAAUAUUACCUAUGGGAGUUCAAAUCGAAUACAAAGAAUUCAAAAUCCACAGUCAUAGCAUCAAGAAGAUGUGUUUGGGAUCAGACGGGUCGGUUUUGGUUUCUUGUUCAGAAGAUUCGAAUAUAUGUGUAUGGGAAGUGAAAAACACAGCGAGUAAGACUAGGAAGAUCGAUAAACCGCUUGUAUAUACUGAUGACAUAUUAGUCAACUUGUCAAAGUACGAUAAAUUGCAUGAAAAUAUCAAGAAAAUUGAAACAGCAGUGAAUAAAUUAGAGACAGAAAAUACAAUUAAUGUAAAUACAACUAUAAAAGCAAAUGAACAGGAAAUUAAAGAUAUAAACAAAGCAAACACAACACAAUAUUACGAAACUAUAAAAAAAAAUGAAGUAAUAACCUUUGUAUUGAAAAUGAAUAAUGAUACAAUAUUAAUAAAUUUAGAAGCUCGGCAAGAAAUUUUAGAUCAAGAGUUACAGGAGGCAAAAAUCGAAGGAAAAACUGAUUAA